AUGGCAACCUUGAAUGAGACAUCAGGGGUUCUUACUAGUCCUUACUAUCCAAGGCGUUACCCUUCUAACGAGAAAUGCAGCUGGAAGAUUACAGCAAGUAAAGGAGAACGCAUUGUGUUGGUCAUUGAAGACACCCGCACCAAAUCAAGUGUAUUUUAAAACUGUUUGUGAAGUAGUUUAAAGCUAUUUAAACUAUUUAAGAACUAUUUUUACCACAAUUUGAGGUAUUUUUAUUAUAUUUCACGACUAAAACCAAAAUAGCGUUAAAAGUUUGAAUUGUAUUUGACAUCUAUUUGAAUAAUAUUUAUAACAUUUUCCCCGGUUUUCCUUGUAUUUGAAAUAUAUUUGCUAUCAAAACUACAUUUUAAAUACAGUAUUUAAACUAUAUUUUCGGAAAGAGAUUACUGGCGAGUUGCUAAAAUCUUUUUAAACACCGUAUUUAAAGUGCAUUUUGGAAAGAAGAACCUAAAAUCAAAGAUUUAAAAAGUAGUUUUUACGAGUAAAGUUCAAAAUCAGGUUUUAAUUAGGAUGUUUAAAGACUAUUUUGAAUAUACUUCCUCGUCUUCGACCUUAAACAGCUCAUAAAUAGCAUAGUUAAAACAUGUUUGAAGAAGGUUAAAGAGGCAGUUCAAUUUAAAUUGUGAUUUGAAAUGACGAACAUCUUGAAAUCUCUCCAAACAGGAUUAAAACUAGCUGUUUUUAUUGUAUUUUCACAAACUAUCCUUAUUUAAAAGGCAUUUAAAUGGAAACCUGUUUCCAAACCUAACUUAAACAGGCUGUUUAUAGGGUGUUUUGAAAAAAACCGGCUGUCUUAUGGUAAGAAAUAUACUUCAAAGGAAAAAAAGUCAACCAAAUUUAUUUUCAAACAGAUUUUAAAUGCUGUUUUCGGGGUAUUUUUAGAAAUUGAUACCCGCAGUCAAGGACUUGAAAAACAAAAUGCAAUAGACAUGCAGACACAGUCUGCCAAAAGAAAUAAGAACUCGUCGUCUAGACACAGCCCAUUCUACAAAGGCACUAUUCAUAUAGAUAAGCCAUCUCGACAGAAGUGUUUCGUCGUCAAUCCAAAAAAAAAAUGAUGGGAAUUCUCAAUUCUGGACACAUCCGAUUUCUAAUCAUGCGCGUACUUAAUAAGUAACCAGUAAGUAUAAACGCCACAAAAUUAUUAAGCCUAAAUCCGCUAACAAACCAAGACAUUGAGCUGCCAUACAGUUGGGAGGUAAUGUAUCUUCCAACAAAAACGAACAAUCAGCCUUAAACUUCAUCAGUCAAAUAAAGUAUCGAAAUAUGCAUGCAUUUCGAGCACAUCGACCGGUUUGAUAACGCGCGUUGUGUCAAAGUGUGUGACAGUGUAAAGAUCUAUCGAUCCCCAAUCAUUAUUCAUCGAAUCUCUCUGUGUAUAUCUCUACACAGCCAGAUUUUAAAUCAAUCAUUGAUCAGUUACUAAGUUUUGAAACUUCCAAAAUUCGCAUCAACCAUAACGCAACAUUACCAUGCAGUGUAACUAAAUACCGUAUUAUAAAAAAAUCUAAUCGAUUUUGAGACAGAACCGCAGUUACGGUGAACAAAGAUAAAAUAAGCCCUCAACAAAAUUAUAUAAAUAAACGCUCACCUCCCGUGUUGCAUGAAGAACCAAACGCUCAAGAAAUUUCCCCACAUCGUUAUCCUACGUUUAUAAAUCAUGCUGGAUGAAUAAAAUUUGCUCGACUUUAAUAGCACGCGCCCGGGGACUUCCCGCGGAAUAGAGUCACGUGGUAAAACCACGUGCUAAGGAACAAAGCAUCUAUGUAUUUUAAAAUUAUGGCGGACGGCUGUUGAUGGUUGCAACGUGCGUUGCGUUGCUCUUUACUGCGCAAAACGAGUACUUGUCAACUCUGUGGACUGUCCAGACGCGCAGAUUUUGUUUUAAUCACGAAUCAAAAUGUCUCCGAGUUGUCAGCGACUGGCUUUUACUGUUAAAGGAACGGAUCUAAGUUCAACUGGUGGAUACACGUACUGUACCGGUGUUUGAGUCUUCGCGAUGCGAAUAAAUGUGAGUACGAUUGUUUCUUAUUUUAGAAUAAUCUGUUAUUUUUAUUGGAACGUCUAGGCAUACGUGUUAUGAAAAGGACAGUUGGAUAUCUGGCCUUUCGAAGAGCGCUGUCAAUUACUUUAUUACCAAGAGCCAUUUUGGAUUUGUUUACAUGCGGUGUUUGCAUACUACCCUGGGUACCAGAGGUUUUUCUCGCGUGCGGCGGGACUUGUCGGCCGAAGGCCGACACAGCUUCGGCCGUAGGCCGAAGCCACGAGCGGCGAAGCCGCGAUAAAAACCUCUGGCACGGAGCGAUGCUUUUUACCGUCCCCGUUGACCUUUGAGCUUUUUUAUCGGAUUACAUUUACGCCAAUCAGAUUGGACGUCUCCAACUGUGAUCAUGUGGAUCUGCACGUGAAGAAAUGUCAGAAAUGGGUUUCCAAUUACAGAAGCUCAAGAGGUGUCAAUUCGCUAUGGCGUUCGCGGGAGUCAAUACAACUCCCGUAAAGAAAGUUUUGAAUCCAAAAUCUGCCCUCUCUUGUCGCCUUUGUGGGGCAAGUGUUGCUAAUGGUGGUUAUUACAGCCUGACAUCGGAUACUGCCGAAAAGUUAAGUAUUUGUUCGAGAAUUUCUUCGUUAUUCGGUGUUGAAGAAAACCUGUCUGUUGGGCCGCGUGUUCUUUGCAAGAAGUGCUUUCGACGCAUUGAACGCUUUGAGGUUACGCUGAAAGAGUUGUCGUCCUUCAAGUCUCGAUAUAUUGAAAAUUUGUUACUGUGGAAGGAGGAAGGAGAGGAGGCGAGAUCCAAGCGUUGCUCAAGUUCGCCUGGUUUUGGCGUGAAAAAGUCGCGCGGUCCGUCAAGUUCUGUAACAAGUGUUGUGCCCGGAUCUUCUGGUAAAAAUAUUAGAAGAGCUCUCGACAUUCCUCCCAACCCUGCCAACAAUGCAACACUAAAUAGCGUUGCAGAUGACAUUAUGGAGCUUACUCUUCAUCCUGCAGAUAUAGAGGUAAUUUUGUCUUUUUAUCGAUCACCAUCAUUCAAGAUGCGGACCGCUAGGGAAACAGGCCAUUCGAUGAUGCAUAUGAAAGGCUUUCCUAGAGAGAUUAUUUGCAAUUUUAAAUUAGCCUUUUCCUCUUAGUAUCCCUUUUCGAGAGCUGUCUCUGAUGGUCUUUACGCUUUCUAAAAUUAAUGCACACACAGAGUUAUAUCUGAAUUUAAACACGCGUACGUUAGCUUUCAACUUUCAUCGUGUUGUUCUGAUGUCAAGACGGUGAAAAAUUUCUUAAAGGUUUUUUUUUCCUUGUAAUGUGGCUGUGAUCCGUAAUUUAUUUGCGAAAUAAUUCUAUCAAAAUAAAAAUUAUAUACAAGAAAUUAAAAGUAAAAGCUACUAUCUUUUAAUAUCUAAGAAAGUCACACAGGUAUACUUGUAGAUUCAAACAGUUGCAGAAAAAUUAUUUAUAAGCCCUCUUUUGUCAAUUUAGGUCAUCAUAAACUACCCAAGUGGUAGCAAACGCCGUCUUCCUAAAGAUGAUGUGGACAGGAAAGCAAUGAAGCAACUUGUUUUGGGGGAGUAUGGCUACGCUGUUAAUGCUCUCUAUUCAAAGAAAGUUGUUAGAGAUGCAUUACUGGAAAAAGUUUGUGGCUCUGUUAUUGAAGAAUGCAAAGAUUUAUGUUCUGUGAGGAAGCCUUCCAUAUUGCGCGAUACCACACCUGAAGGAUUGAAGCAGUUCACGGAGAGUGCACAUGUCACUGAACUUUCUGAGCGAGCUCCUGUACUUUACACCAUACUGUCUUCUGCUGCUGGAAAGCCUGUUAUUAGUAAAGCAAGAAAUCAGAAUGGAGAAAAUGAAACCAAUGAUGAGAGUAACACAGCUACACCAGCAAUAAGUAUGGCAGCCUCCAUCCUUCUGAAGAAGAGAUGCCCACAAAUGAGUGCUCAGGCAUACAGAUUUUCCACAGUAUUAUGGCACAGUGGAGCCAAAAAGCAAGUGAGUUCAAAAUUAAUGAUCUAGAUGUGAAUUGGUGACAUAUACGAAGUCUGACUCCUACAGUCUAUACCAGUACAUAUAUUUAUUUUUCCCCGUUUAGAACUUGAAUCAGAUUUUUACUUAAAUAAUUUGUUAAGAGAACUUUCAUUGUCUUGAUCAAAUAAAGCUGAUAAACAUACAUGUACAUGUAAAAAAAUGAGUGCACUAUUAGUUGAAGUCAAUCUCUUGGUAAGACAUUCCACCACAGAUUGUUUUCUAAUGGAUUUUCUUGAUGGAAAAUGUUCACUUAAAAUUUAAAACUGAUAUUUUUUCUUUUAGGUAUACAACCGUGGUGUCAAGUGGGGUGUGACAGUUAGCCAUACAUCGGUAAUCGAGAAAAUAGAACAAAUGGGAAAAAGGUUUGAUGAGAAAGUCCUAAACUGGAAGGUUCAGCAAGAGUACCACAAAAGGUUUACUGCCACACUGGCAACGAUAAAGGAGUGUGUUGAAGAAGCAGUUCCCACAGUUGAGCCCACAAAUGACAGGAACCUUAAAAAGGCAGUUGAAGACAAGCUUGGGCAACAAAAACAUUUUAUAUUUGAUGAAAACAUUUAUUCGGAAGUCGAAACCCUGAUCAAGAAAACUACACAGACAGAGCUUGUUAGCAACACAAGUAUGGAGACACUGUCAAUGCUAAUGCAGCAGUCUGACUCAGAGAGACCACUGGGUUAUCAAAUCAUUGGAGAUAAUGUCGAUCUUAUGAUUAAAGUCAGACAUCAGGCUAGUGACAAACCUAACAAAAGCAUUCACUGGUUUCACCUGAAUGCCGUGAAGGACAGAGUGAGUGGUGCUGGAUUGUCUGAAAAGGGAUCAAUCAAAUUAGUUGAUCAAGUGGAGAACUGGGAAAUCUUGCCAUCAUAUCAAGAUAAUGAAGGGCUACUUCAUGACUUCAUUCCCCUGUUUGCACGGGUAAUUUGUGACAGGAUUCCUGCACUGAAGUCUUUCAAAGAUGUUGUAAUCAGGCAUAUUCCUCACAAAUACUCUAAUGUAACGAAACAGAAAUCUGAACAGGUAAUUUGCCAUUUUUAACCAGUUAUGCAAACUUUUGCGGUCGAAAUUCCCUUAAGACAGAUGCUUCAUUGAAUUUUUGUUCCUUAUUAUUAUUAUUAUUAUUUUAUUGGGAAGCAGUGACACUGCGUAAAGACCUCUAUUAUAUUUCACUACUGUUAGCGAUGGUGUCUCCUUGCCACUGGCUUUUGUACUUUACAAAAUUAAUUUAAGUUUAGUUAACCUUUUUGUUUGAUACCAAUGUCUCAAUAUUUGUACUCCGUGGAAGUUAGUGUUCAGUAUUUGCAAUUUGCACUGUAUCUCAUCAUUUUUUCAGUCAAACAUCCCAUUAUUCCUUUAUUUAAAACUUAGUUUCACAGUGAUUAUAGAAUGACAUCAAUGACUUCCAAAGUAGGCAAUUAUAUCAAUCCAACUAUGCCAUACUUCAUCUCAACUUUUUUUUCAAGCUUAAGUUUUGUGAGCUAAAGACAGCCUUAAAAAAAUAUAUCUAUUUAACUGCCUACAUUUAUUAUCUGUCCUACCUUCUUUUAAGGCACCACUAGGAUUGCUCUUUAAGAAUGAAAACACAAAUGAUGACAUGAUAGACAUAUUAACAGAGCUACAUCAAAGGUAUCUUCCAGUCAUGAAAACAACUGAUGGCUCCGGUAACGUGGAAAUUGAAGUGCUCCAGAAGGUUUUCUUUGGUGGUGACCAGUUGACUGAAGAACGUGCGCGGAAUGCUAGACAAGGUCGAGCUGAUGGUGACACAGAGUUUGAGAGAUUGGAGGGGCUUAUCCCAAAGGUAGAAGAUUGGCAUGCAGGAAGAGUUCUUUACCAGGUGGGUUUGUUGUUGACUUAAAUAUUAUAGGGAGAUAAGAAAUAAAACAGAAUCAUCUAGAAGAAUAAAUUAACCUUAGAUGAUGCAAACAAUCCAUGAAAACAAAUUGGGGCUUCUUUCUUAGUGGAUCAUGAGAAUGGCGUUGUUAACCUUUCCACAUAGAGUCAGUUGAGCAUAAUUUAAUUUGCAUAUGGGCAUUUCAUUUUUUUUAAUACGCUCCCUUGUUCUUGUCAUUCUUGUCCACUUUGCACUAACAAAUACUUAAUAUGAUAAUGAAACUUGUACAGAAAUGAAAUCAUAUUUGUUUAUUAUUGGAAAAAGUAUUGACGUCAAGAAAUAAUACUAUUCUUUUCCUACCCCCUAGGUACUGUAUGAUGUAUUUUUCAACCCCUCUUCUGCAAAUGAUGUUGGUACCAUGUGCAGCAACAUGAAUGUAAUCAACCAAGUGAAUGCUAAAACAUCAAAUGUCCUUGACAAUUUCAACCAUUGUAAGACCUAUGUGAAGCUUGAAACAGAUGCAUUCAUCACAACUGCUACCAUGAAGCACUUUGGGAUGACUAACCUUGAGGAACCUGCUGGAAAUUUCAUACCUCCCUCAAUUUUGGAUGGUAGCCAAAGCACACGAAGAAUCUGGCUUCACAAGCAGGUUAAAGAUAUACUGAAGAAAGCUGUUAUUGAUGAGCAAGAACAGUUUCAUGCAACUCUUCAAAAUGAACUCAUUGAAUUGAACAGACCAAAAAGGUUUUACUGCAGGGUCUGUAACAAAGAGUACAGAUAUGCCAAAGCAAGGGAUUCACAUGAAAAUAACAUUCACUCUUUUAGCAUCGAAUUGGCAUCUCCAGAGGAGUCAAGUGACUCUAUGCAACCUCUCGCUGAACACAAACCUGUUGAUGCGCGAUACAAUUAUGCCUGUGCUCGUCUCAAUUUUGGUAUGCUGCUUUACAAUUUUGACGAUGCAAUCAAGGAGGGGGAUGGUGAUCGCAUCUUAAGAUGCUGGAAGUUCAUGCUCUUGAUAUUCAGAACAUACAAACAUACAAAGUAUGCUUUUGCUGCUUUGCAAUUGUUUUUCUACACUUCAUGCAUGUUAUCAGAGAGAAUGUCACAUUUGUUAGUUUGGAACCGAACUGUGAACAACCAUGGUGGUAAAGGCCGAAAUAUCUCUUUGGACUUGAGGUUAGAACACUUAAAUAAUCUCUUGAAAGAGAUGCUAAGGUGUCUUGGUGUCAAUGUGACAGAAAAAUCAGCUAAACGAUGUGGUGAAGCGAUGUCAAUAUUAGAAGAAAUGCUGCACAAGAUUGAUGUAGAGUUAGGUGUCAAGGAACCUUCUGGGCACCACAUCACAGCAAAUGAUGACCAAGAUUUUGCAGCCCUUGUGAAAGAAAUCCAUGAAAGAGGGGGGCUUUUCUCUUUCAACCCAUCUUCUGAUCGUAACUACGAAAAAUUUCCUGAUUUUCAAAGGAACAUCUUAAGUGGGCUUGACUUCAAUCAGCUUAAUAAGUGGUUGAACAGUCACAAGAAAGACAUGUCCCGUCUUCAACAGUGAAUGGCUUCAAAAGUUGGAAUGAACUGUUUGAAUAGGCCAUUUGCACUAAGAGGUCAUCUGACAUCGUUUUUAUGAAAAAAAUACUUAUAUGAUUUCGUUGUUGAAAAACGAUUAGUGGGUCAUAUCUUACACAAAAUAAUAGUGAUUUGGUUUUUCAAACCUGCACCAUUUUCUUAAAAUGGGUAAGUUCGUAGCUGGUCACGUGACCAAAAUGUGAUUUUCAAAAUUAUGAAUUACCUCUUUCUGAACAUCAAUUUUGCACUUAAACUUAAAGGAAAAUGUUGAAAAGAUGAUGUGGCAACGUUUACAGGACAUCUGAGCAUAACUACUAAAUUGCCAUAAAAUAUCCCCCUUAAAUGUGUUUCCUCUCAAAUUUCGGGUGUAAGAUAAUUUUUCUGUGCUCUGUCAAUUUUUGGGAUCAGCAAGAUUCAAACUCAUCGUUGAAAGGAAGCAUUGGUCACGUGACUUCUUAGUGCAAGUGGCAUAUUACAAAAUUAAUGGACCCCUUGAUUCAGAAGAAAAACAAAGGAGAAAACAAUCUAUUCUCAAGCAUGUUUAUUUCAAGACAGUUUGAUACAUUUCUGAUGCGCUGUCUUAGAAUACAAAAUACCUUGCUGUUUUUUAAAAAAAGGUUUUCCUUCAGUUGUAGCUUACUCAAUGCCCUAGAAACAUUUGGCACAAAUCACUCCUACCACUACCCGACUGUGGCAGCAGGGGUGAUUUGAAGCAAAAGCUGAAACUGAAAUCUGUACAUGAAUAGAUGGUGUUUACUAAUAUGAUCAAAAGUAUAUCCAAUAUUUCUUAAUGAAAACAACUCACAGAAACUGAAAGCAUUGUGGGCGACGCUUUUGUGCUUUUGUCAGUCUGUCAAAAUCUUGUAAAAACAGCUGUUUAAAUUUCUAGGAACUAAGGCAAGAGGCAGAAAAUUUUAAAAUUAAUGUGCGUGAAGACACAGGAGUUACAUAUGUAAGGUAACCCAGAAUUUCCCAGUCAGUAAUUCAUUGCAUAGUAAUAAUGAAAAACACUACUUUUUGGGUGCAUUAUACAAAAUUUAAGACAACGAAUUUUUGCUAUGUCAUUAUCCCUGAGCCCCAUUAAGUUUUUUAGUCUUCUGGAAGUUCUUUUCUAUUAUGAAUGCAUAUCAUACUUGUUUUCAAAAUUGACACAUUGCUCUAUUUUUAUUGAAAUAAAUAGUGUACCUUUCAAACUGCAGAAUGGUUUACUUGAAUGGUUUACUGCCUUAAGUCGCUUACCGCAAUAGUAAAAUCAGGUCAACUCCCACCUUGUUGACACCCUGUCUGUACACAACAGAUAAUGACUAGGUGCCUGGCAAAAGACAUAAAUGCUCUCAAGGAUAUGAAUAAUGAACAAUAUCUGCACUAAUGUGAGUUAACUGCACUUCAACAAAGUCAAAAAGCUUUCUUUUAGAUAACAACAUCAAGACAAUAAAUGACAGAAGUAAGUUAUUACUACAACUCAGAAUCUGUGAAAAAGUCACUGUCACUGCCUUCGCUGUUGCUAUAGAUUCCACCAUAUUCAAGGUCAAAUGUCUCAGAAAAAACAAGUUCUUGAUUGUCAGUGUCUGUGAGUGUCUCAUCAUUAAUUUCAAAAUCUUCAAAAGAAUCUCUAACCAUAUGGAGGAUGUCACAAGCAUGCUCUUUUUUGAAAACAGGCAAAUUCUCCAUUAUGUAAUCCACAUUAAAAAUGUACUUACAAUGAGACAGUACUGACUUAAUCAGAUUAUCGCUAAAUCCAGUUGUACACUCCGGAGACAGGUAAUAGACUGAGCACUUAGAAGAGAGUUCCCUUUGCCUGUCCCUCAACAAUUCUUCAAGCAGUAACCUUUGUUGAAGGGUAGUCUUUCUUUUCUUUAAAGACUCUUUGGAGGAACCCCUCACUUGAUAACUGUGGUGAGUAAACGGUAUGUCAAUGUUGCACUUUGUGUCACUGCAUAGACACUUCAAAUGGCAUGACAAGCAACAGCUAUGAUCUCCCACAGUGUUGUUAAGUUCUUCAAAUUCUGACAUUAAAAGGUUUCGCAAACAGGUGCUCUCCUUGGCAUACCUUUUAACUGCCUUCUCGCAUUUCCGCAAAUGUUUCCCUUGGUAAAAUAAUGCUGAAACUGCCUUCCUGCCAUCACGGCCAGCACGACCAAUUUCUUGGACAAAAUCUUCAAUAUUACGAGGAGGCCCAUAGUGAAUAACAUAAGCAAUGUCCUUGAAGUUAAUUCCCAUACCAAGAGCAUUUGUAGCAAACACCACUCUGCAGGUUCCAGAAGGUUUGUAGAGUGAGGUGGUAACUCUACCUUUAUGUUUGUCAAGGGUGUUGUGGUGAAACAUACCAAUCAACAUGUUGUCAGACUUGUGAUCACUGCUGACAUAAGCAUUUUCUUUUAGCUCCAUUUUAAAAAAACUAAAUAGUUGUCCACAUUCCUUGGUAGUCUUACAAUAAACCAAAGUUCUUGGGCAAGCCUGUUUUUCAACUAUCAACUUUUCAACCAGCCAACCGAACGUCUCAGACAAGUUUUUGUUUACUUUAGCAACAUACAAAUAAAUGUUCGACCUAUUUGGGCUUGCAACAAUCAGGUGCAGGUUGUCCUUCAAAUUCAGACCAUUAAUGAUUUGCUGCCUUGUCUCUCUGGUUGCUGUUGCUGUUAGUGCCAUUACUGGAGUUUUGUCUGCAGCUAGUGAACGAAGCUCACCCAACCGUCCAAAACAUGCACGAAAGGCUUAUUGCUUUUCUUUGCUAUCAUAGCCCCUGGUAAAUUUAAAAAAGAGACAGUUCAGGAUUAAUGUUGUCGAGACCUGAAAACAUGUUCUUUUUAUGAGUGUUGAGUAGGGCUAAUCAAUGAUAAAACAGGGAAACCCUCCACAUACAUGAAUAAAAGAGACGAAACAGAAAAAAAGGGAGAAGUUAAAAAAUAAUGGUCUCCUAUAUUGAUAAAUUAUAGAAAUCCUCCUUUAAAGAUCUUAUUUACAUACCAGGAUUUGCACAAUGCACAAGUCCCUUACUACAAAAUCAUUGUAGACAAUCAAUGAAAACAAGUCCAAUUUAGACGUCAAUUUAAGCAAAUUUUCCCUGCAAAAUACAUGUUUUGUGUUUAUAUUUAUUCCUAAUCCAUCCAACUUGUUUCAAAACAUGUUGUAAACGUUUGAAAUAGGAAAUUAGUAAAGCUCAAAUCGUAUUGUUGCAAAAGUUGAAUGUGAUAAUUAAAAGCUUAGUAAAUUCAAACCACAACAACACUAGUCAACAUACCAUUUAGGAAUAACAUGGGCUUCAUCGGUAACAAUCCCAAACAGGUUGCUUUGAUAGAUGGGCGACUGAAGCAUCUUCCUCCAUUUUUCGUUCAGGAUAAGCGCCUCAGGGUUUGCAAAGACGAACGCGUAUUUCCCAGCGAGUGCGCCAUCUUGGUCGGCAUCAUCUCCGGAUAAACAAGUACACGAAAUUCCCCGCUGUCGUAACUCCUUCAUAUGGCAUUCGAUAAGGGCAUUCAACGGACAAACAACAAUCACAAUUGCACUUUUCGGAUAGUUGCAGUAUCCCAUUUGGUUAAGACGCAGACACAGACCCGGAAUAAGCUGAAACAACAACGAUUUACCGGAACCGGUUGGCAAGACAGCCAGAACAUCCUUGCGUUGAAUAAAAUUCAAUACCCCACUUGUUUGCUCAUCACUUAACUUCUCUACACCGUCAAACCUUUCUAGCACAUAGCUUAUACUUUCCUUCAAUGCCCUUUCCAAACUUUCACAAACCGCCAUCACUACACUUCUCGCAGGAACGCUUACGUGAUGUUAACAGCACAGUUGGAAAUAUUCUUUCACGUGCUGGUCUAUUCUUGUCAACCAAUUGUAGCGUCUGUUAGAUUCAGAGUCCCUCAGGAGGUGGUUCGGAGCCAAUCAGCCGUCUUGUCCAAAAUCUGGACCAACUGAUUUAACCGUGCUAACGAUUGGUUCGGCGCUAUCAAAGGGAUGGCGCUCUGGUCCAGAGGCUUUUCGCGCGGGUCACUAUAAAGACUUGACAGAAACCGGAAACCGCGCUAGAAAAGUCUCUGGCACCCAGGGUAUUUGCAUACCGGUCGUUUUGAUACAAAGUAAUUUCGAUACACCAGGCGAUGCAACUCGUUCAGAUACAAAUUGACUCAGUCGAGAUGUACAACCAAUAGUUCGCGAUAUUUGUUUUUCUUGCUCACGUGCAAUAAUUAUACAUCAGGUAAUCGCAAUAUUUUUGCAGUUUCACUGCUUAAGUUCGUAUCGAAAUGACUCUUUUCAGCUCCAUUACAGUUAAUUGAUCGCAGAUUACAUUCUUGCUCUCACGCCAAAUGUGUCACGUUAAGAUUAAGCUUUGUGUCCGUCCUCUUUCGCUCACACAUAGCAAUACCAACCACAAAACCAAUAGUGAAUGCUCUGGCUCAGGCCUUGCAAGCUUCAUGAUGAUUUUAGUGGAAUCAAAUAUUAUUGUGUUACGUCUUGCGAGAAUGAAUGUAUGUAUAGUUGGCAAGUAAAAUUCAAUAAUGAAAUUAUAUAUUAUAGACAUUUAACUUAUUAUGUUGACUCAGUUAAGCCUAAAAUGGUUAUUUUUCUGCUUGGGAAUUCCUAAAAAGUUUCAGGAAGAUGAUAUUUUGACAUUUCGUCUGUUACAUGUAAACAAUCAGGACCUUAUACAUACACUCACAUGUACAGCUGGUUCAUUAAAGGUUGCUUUGGGCAUCGGGAAUUGAGUAAUAGUAAGCUAUUGUUUGGUGGUGACUCAGGGAAAUCAUAUUGCAUUGUUUGGUAUGCCCAAAUGCCCAAUAACCAACCUUUACUUAAUCAGCUAUAUACAGUGUAGCUUCUGGAGGGUUACCGGUCGUUUCGAUACAAAGUCGUUUCGAUACAAGUAGUUUCGGUACAAAUUGAAGUCGAUUCGAUACAUACCUUAAGUCGGUUCGAUCCACUCGAGGUCACCAACAACCAACAAGUCGGUCCAAACGACGCAAUCAAUAUUUAAAUGACUGUCCUGAUAGAAACGAUAAACGAAACCCUUCAAUUAAAGGUCGUUCACAAUCAUUGUUUGUAUACAAGAUGUAAUCGUUGUUUAUAUGUAACCUUUCCUGUUGAAGCGACCGUAAAUGUCAUAAUUAGCAUUUUAAAUCAUAUUUCAUAUUCUUCAAGACAAAAAAUAAACGAACUGUUAAUGGUAGUGACUAAAUCUUCAAAAGUUGGCAAGUUGUUCUGAUUGAAUCGAAACGACCUCGAGUGGAUCGAACCGACUUAAGGUAUGUAUCGAAUCGACUUCAAUUUGUACCGAAGCUACUUGUAUCGAAACGACUUUGUGUCGAAACGACCGGUAACCACAAGCUAUAAUUGACAUCCAGUAUUUUCAUUGAUUACAUUUUAAACCAAAAUCUUCUAAUAAUCUCUUGUCCAUACAAAAAAAUAUGUAGUGACUUUGUCAACCUCUGCAUCCUGUGUUUCUGAUGCAUAAAAACCCCAAAGAUGCAAAAUAAUAAUAUUCAUGGCAUUGAAUUCCAAUGGAUGCAAAGGUCUAUAAAAAAUCUGAACAUGUGUAUUUGUAGAAAUAUCCCGUCUGUGAAUUCUGUGGCAGUUAUUAUCGCUGUUGUUGAAGGAUGCAUAUUUCCUUUAGCCUUUAGAAGGACUGUGUUUUAAUUUCAGUUUACAACAGUUUAUUUUCUACUACUGUAGAUGGUUAACCUAGACAACUAGAAGAAUUUACAAGAAAAUAAUUAUAAAUAAAUAAAUAAACAGAACAUACAGUAGUGGGACACCCAAAAUAACUAAAAGUCUAAACUAGCUAGCUAGAUCACAGUUGAUUUUUAUCUUUGUUUCGGAAAGGCCAAUAACAUCAAAUUAAUGCUGUAGAUCUGAUAGCAGCAUUGUCAAACCAUCAUGGUUAGCAGAAAGGCUUCUUAUGUUGAAAUGAAUAAGAAAAGAAAGGCAUAGAUUUGCUCUGAGAAGGCAUAGAUUUGCCCUGAUUGGUUUUGCUCUUUGUACUGUAGUAAUACAGAGUUUUGGAGUCUGUCUGGUUACACAAAGGUCCAAGCAUUUUCAAUUACAGACUUUUUUUUUUAUGUGGGACACGAUGUUUCUGGGACUCAAUAUUUUUCACAAGAGGAGUCUCAGGACUCACCAUAACACUAUUUGUAACCAAAAUCACUGAAUAGAUAGUCACGUCUCCAACUUUUCCGUUGAAAAGCAAUACCGCCCAAACAUUUUGUUGCACCAUUCUUGUAGUUAACUCUUUGAAAAUAGACAAGUAAUGUCCUUUUCUGACAAUCCCAAAGAACUGUUGUUUAUUUAAGCUAUGCAGAUGUUCCUGCCAGUUUCUUUGUAUAGCCUGUACUACAGUGUAUCUAGCAUCAAUUCUGUUUGCCUUGUUCAUAUUCCUUAUGCACUAAAGAACAGUAACUUAUCAAGUCCUAAAAAAAACGUUUUCUUAGGACCUACACCUGGAUGAUAGUGAAUCCUCACUUUUUUUCUCUAAAUUCAAACAAUUUUAUACAGACACCCAUUGACUUAUAGUUAUUAGGACAAUUCUAGUAAUAAUAACUUAAGGAAUACAAAAACCUUUUUUCAGUCAACAGAUUCUGCCACAACUAAUCUUGGUUAAUCAUACUAAUACGGUUUCUUUCUUAUCAACUGUUUGCUGUAAUAAGACCUGCAGUGUACAUGUGCUUUUUUCAAAUUGAAAAAAAUAAUACUAUUACUUAAUUGAAACAUCAUGUCAAUGUUCACAGAUUGUUAUGUUUAAUGAUGCUAGUGUCCUGUGAUGUACAAUUAAGAACUCAGAUGCUAUCAAUAUAGUGUAGAUUAUAUAUUUUGUACCCUAACCUUCAUUCCUGAAUUAAUGGUGGAGGAAAAUUGCCUGUCCCAGCAACAGUGCAAGUUACUUAAUGAUUGUUGGAUAAGGCAGCUAGAAGGCAUCUUAUUAUACUUCGCUUAGUUUUGCCAAUUGCAUGUACAGUUAACAAUUAAUGAAUGAGGCGGAGUAUCUUAUGAAGAAUUAUGGAGAUCAUGGAGGGUGUUAUCUGCCUCGAUGGAUAACACCCUCCUCGAUCUCCAUAAUUCAUCAUAUGAUACGAAAGCCGAAUUCAAUAAUAGUUUUAUUAUUCAUUCAAAAUAAUUCCUACUUUAAAAACAUGGCUAAAACAUGCUAACCUCCAUCGAUCCAUCGAUGUUAAGUUCAUCUUCGAUAGUGCACGUUUAGGUUUGUCCAGCUCCACAAAUAUUCUCCAAAUAGCAGAUGUCGUCCUUCGAGUUGUCUUCUUGCUGUUCUUGCCUCGUUUUUAGCUAUGUUUUCGGCUAGUUCUUACUCUUGAAACGAGUGAAAUGUCUGCCAUUUUUCAAGUUGACCAUCAAAACAACUCAACCCCGUCCCCAGGUCUUCUUGGUUAACGGUGCCUUAACCUGCGAAAACGCUGCAUUUUUGACGUCAUUUCCUCGUUAAAGACAAAAUUCUUCCAAAUUUGGUCAUCAGUUACUGGUUAUGGUGAAUUAAACGAGUGCUUUUAGCCAAUCAGAGUCAGGAAAAUAUUUUGAAUGAAUAAUAAUACUUGUUAUUAUGAAACUUUGCCUUAGAGAAGAAAUUACCUCUAAGCAAUAUUAAAUCAAGCUUCAUGAAGAACAAACAAAUAUAAUUAUGUCUUUCCGGCAUUCUUAUUUCUUUCAGUUAUACCAGUGAAGUCUAUUCUAGUUUUUGUUAAUUUGGCCUAUCUGUUUCCAGAUCUGUAGCUGUUGUUUCAUUGAAUGAUCCUCAGCGUCCAAAGAAAUGAGUGUCUAAUAGGCCAGGGCUAGUGGAUUUUGCCAUCGGGCUAGUGAUUUUUGUUCUUAACUUGCCUGACAGGCAAGUGCUUCUUUUUUGGGAGAAUUCAUAUUACAGAAGGAUUGUAAUCAAUCCUGCUAAUCAAAAAGGGUUUUGGGGCUAGUUGAAAUGACUUGUGGGCUAUAGUACAUGCUAGCUACAGCUUGCCCGAAUGGCAGGCUGUAAAACUGACUUUCCUUGCACCCUGGGUCCUUUAGUGUUUUACUAGGCAGUUAUUACUCUACCAACAACUUGUGACCUUUGUUUUGUUCAAAUGAAUUUGGCUAAUAGUUGUAUUAUAGUAGGAAAGAAAAUAAACUAUAUCUUUCUCUAGAAAUCUUUAUUAAACCUUUAGUUAGUGAUUUCAUUAGACAAUUUUUGAAUACACUUUUCUAGUAGUGUUUUAAUUUUUAACAAACAGUCAUACAACUGUAUGUGAAUAUGGUGAGUUUCAAAGAAAAUUCCCAAGACAUACAUGUACGUGGUUUAGACAACUCCAGAUAUAAGUGAUGUCAUUUUUAAAGGGUUUUUCAGCUGGCUUUUAAGAGUGUUUUUGAAAACUUGCUUUUAUUUUCAAUUUUUGUUACAAAGAAAAUGGUUAAAUUUUUAUUUUAUUUGUAAUUAAGAACAGGUUAAAACACCAUCAAAAACAGGUUAAAACACCUUUAAAAGCACGUUAAAACACCUUUAAAAACAGAUUAAAACACCAUUAAAAACAGGUUAAAACACCAUUAAAAGCAGGUUAAAACACCUUCAAAAACAGAUUAAAACACCAUUCAAAACAGAUUAAAACAUCAUUAAAAACAGGCUAAACAGGGUUAGACAACAUUUAAAGGCAGUUUAAAACACCAUUCAAAACAGGUUCAAACACCAUUUAAAGCAGGUUAAAACAUCUUUAAAAACAGGUUAAAACACCAUUAAAAAUAGGUUAAAACACCAUUAAAAACAGGUUAAAACACCUUUAAAAACAGGUUAAAACACCUUUAAAAACAGAUUAAAACAUGAUUAUAAACAGGUUAAAACACCACUGAAAACAGGGUUAGACAAAAUUUAAAGGCAGGUUAAAACACCACUUAAAACAGGUUAAAACACCAUUUAAAGCAGCUUAAAACACCUUUAAAAACAGGUUAAAACACCUUUACAAACAGAUUAAAACAUCAUUAUAAACAGGCUAAAACACCAUUGAAAACAGGGUUAGACAACAUUUCAAGCCAGGUUAACACACCAUUUAAAACAGGUUAAAACACCAUUUAAAGCAGCUUAAAACACCUUUAAAAACAGGUUAAAACACCAUUAAAAGCAGGUUAAAACACCUUUAAAAGCAGGUUAAAACACCUUUAAAAACAGGUUAAAACACCAUUAAAAGCAGGUUAAAACACCAUUAAAAGCAGGUUAAAACACCUUUAAAAACAGGUUAAAACACCAUUAAAAAUAGUAUUUAUUACCUGUUUUAAAUGAAGUUCUCAAAUACAAUUAAAACAGUUUUAAAAAUAUAUCAAAAAUAUGUUAAAAAUAGUGUUUGGUUUGGUACGGGUGCAUUCUUAUUUGGGACUGGAGUUUAUCUUGCACGUUUGACUAUCUGGAAAUACAAAAUGGCUUAUCCUCUGAUGGCAUCUCAGGCAGGCGAAGAUGUAGACCAGAUAAAGACACUGGGAUAGUAUACCAUUCAGCAAAAGAUGUUCUGAGGGUGACGUUUGUUUCUGGCGAUAGCUCUCACUGGGGGUACCCGUGGAUUUAA